CAGUGCGGAAGCGGAAGACGCCGCAGAGCCAGGAAGCCUCUGUCUAGGCUGGCCGGGUCCCGGGCUCGGAGCCGCCCGCCGCGAUGCCGAGCCCCCGGAGGAGCAUCGAGGGACGGCCGCUGGGCGCCUCCACCUCGAGCACCAGCAGCAGCCCGGGGAGCCCGGCCCAUGGCGGCGGCGGCGGCAGGUUCGAGUUCCAGUCCCUGCUCAGCAACCGCGCGGCGGGCGCGGACCCCACCUGCGCCCGGCUCCGCGCGUCCGAGAGCCCGGUGCACCGCCGCGGCUCCUUCCCGCUGGCCUCCGCGGGCCCCUCGCAGGCUCCCCCUCCCCCGCUGCCCGAGGAAGACCGCAUGGACCUGAACCCGUCCUUCCUGGGCAUUGCCCUGCGCUCUCUGCUGGCCAUCGACCUGUGGCUGUCCAAGAAGCUGGGGGUGUGUGCUGGGGAGAACUCGUCUUGGGGCAGCGUGAGGCCCCUCAUGAAGCUACUGGAGAUCUCGGGGCACGGCAUCCCAUGGUUGCUGGGCACCCUCUACUGCCUGACCAGGAGCGACAGCUGGGCCGGGCGCGAGGUGCUGAUGAACCUGCUCUUCGCCCUGCUAUUGGACCUCCUGCUGGUGGGCCUGAUCAAAGGCUUGGUCCGCAGGCGCCGCCCGGCCCACAAUCAGAUGGACAUGUUUUUUACCCUCUCGGUGGACAAGUACUCCUUCCCCUCGGGCCAUGCCACAAGGGCUGCCCUGGUGUCGAGGUUCAUCCUGAAACACCUGGUCCUAGCCAUUCCACUGAGAGUGUUGGUGGUGCUGUGGGCCUUCGUCUUAGGUCUCUCCAGGAUCAUGCUGGGCCGGCACAAUGUCACUGACGUGGCUUUUGGCUUUUUUCUGGGCUACAUGCAGUACAGCAUCGUGGACUAUUGCUGGCUCUCACCCCACAAUGCUCCCUUCCUCUUUGUACUGUGGAAUCAACAAUGACACCAUCUCACUAACGAUGGCACCAGGAGGUCUGAAGGUUUCCACAUUCGAUGACGCCAAGCUGAAACCAGCGGCCUCUCUUAGAUAUGUCAGGCUUCCUCUGGGAUUUCUGGUGUCCCACCAGCUUGAUGUGUUACUAAGCCAGAGCACAUGCAGGCCAUUACUAAACUCUGCCACAUGAGGGAAAGCAAAAACUCCUAUUAUAUGUGUAUUCAAAUUGUUUCUAUCUCCAGGACAACUGCAAAGAAACCAAGCUGUGGUUAUAUGGUUGCUGCUUUUAAAAAGCUGACACUGAGAUUUGUGCUGUGUAGUAAUCCCAUAAACCAACAUAGCACUUGUAAAUUGGAUUGUGAGAAAAGAACAUAGUAUUCAUUCCAUACAUGUACAUGCAGAUAAGCUACAUACUAAUUCUAGUCCUUUACCUGAGAUGAUGUGAAACAGUAUUUUAAACAUUGAAGGCAUAGGUUUUUCUAGUUUAUUCCCUGGAGACCCGUUGCCACAAUUGGGGAAAUUUCUUCUUAAUCCUGAUUAUCUUGGUAAGCUUUUUUAUAUUGUCUUUUCCAUCUUUGUUGAUUGGCAAUGAGAAAAGAGAUUACUUAUCUUUCCCUAGACCUUCAGAAAGAUUGUUGGAUGUUUAUUUCCCACUACUCUUAAUACUAUCUUGGAGAGCAAAUCAAGAACUUAGAGAAGAAACACUUAAAAGGUAGGCAUAUGUAAAUUGCCCACAGAAAAGUAAGUAUGAUAUGACUUCAUGCUAAUUCUGUGGACAGCCAGUGGCAUGGCAUGACAGCAAGCAGAGAAGCUAGGCUGCUGGGCAGUCAGAGGAACAGAGUUUACAUGCAGGCAGACCACAUAUUACGUCAAUGAUCAGUAUUACAGGAGAUGGCCUGGUGCCCAUCAUCUCCACUGAAUGAUAUUUCUAGUCAUAAAAUGGGAAAAUAACAUUUUUAAUACAAAUGCAUAAGCUUUCUCAUAUGUACCAUAAGAAAGAUCUAUAUGCUGUAGUUAUUCGCAUGGAAUUCAUUUUCCUGCAAUAUAGCAUGCUGUAGGUAACAGUAUUUAACUUAAUUUAAAUUCAUCAGGACAGUGUGUUGCUAUAUCAGGCACUAAAUGUAACCCCUAAAUUCUGUUUACAUUGACCUUUACAUUUAAAGCUGUUCAUCCAUGGUGCCCCCCCCCCAAAUCGUUCAGACCAAAGACCACCAAAUCUAUGGUGGACUGAAGAGGGUAUGUUUUAAAUGCUGCUCUACAUGAAAAGAAAAUCUUUAAAUUACCUAUGGAACUGGUGUCUUAAGGUAAUGACCAAUUAUUUUGGCACUUAUAAAUAGAAAAAAUUACAGACUUUGAUUUGACAGAGAUGUGGAUAGGAGCCUGGAGAAUGUGAUUACGGGGAAGCUGAACUUUGUAAGAAUGAGGGUAUACCAAAAGAGGAACAGCUACUCCUCUAAAGUUAUUGUAUCCCCACAACACCCUGAACACUGACUACCUCUUUAGUUGCUGAAUCAGCCAUACUGUAAAGCUCUAAGUGGUUUGGAUUUGUUGUUUAGCCUCAGUGAGAUGCUUCGUUUUAAUCACAGUGAUAUUCAGGCCAGAUAUUUGAAAGCAAUGAAAUUUCCUCUUGCAGUGUACACAAGUGUGCAUACUGGGGCUUACCUUCUCGCCUUUAGUUAUACUUCUGGAUUUCCUGUUUUAGUUGCCAGGGCCUGAGUUUGCUGGCAUCUAAAGCACAGAAUAAUUUACCUGACUUUGUGGAGCAUACCAAGCACUACAGCGUAAAAAACUGAUUUCUUUGUUAAUUAAUUAUACAAUAAAAGUGGCUUUUAAAAUUCAAAA